GCCCCUCUGAAUUUCAAUUGAAAGUUGGUCAUACAAUUGAAAUUCUACACGAAAUUAAUAUUUUUAAGAAAAUAAAGAUGCUAGAACAAGUAAAACAUGUGAUCCUUGUGCUUUCUGGUAAAGGUGGCGUUGGAAAGUCAACAGUGUCAACACAAUUAGCAUUAACGCUUAAGGAAAGUGGAUUUAAAGUAGGACUUUUGGAUAUUGAUUUAUGUGGACCUAGCGUUGCUUAUCUUAUGAAUUUAGAGGACAAAGAUGUACAUCAAUCAUCAGAGGGAUGGGUUCCAAUCUACACAGAUUCAACAAAAUCACUUGCUGUCAUGUCUAUCGGUUUUCUACUUAAAUCUCGAAAUGACGCGAUAAUUUGGCGUGGACCAAAAAAAACUGCUAUGAUUAGACAAUUCCUCAGUGAUGUUUGUUGGGAGGAACUUGAUUAUUUAAUCAUUGACACACCACCAGGAACUUCGGAUGAACACAUAACAGUGAUGGAAUGUAUGAGAGAAGUGAAAUGUGAUGGAGCUAUAAUCGUCACAACACCGCAAGAAGUGGCACUGGAAGAUGUUCGUAAAGAAGUUACAUUUUGCAAGAAAACUGGAAUUUCCAUAAUCGGGAUCGUUGAAAACAUGAGCGGAUUUGUAUGUCCGAACUGCGCAGAAUGUACAAACAUUUUUUCAUCUGGCGGUGGUAAAGCACUUGCCGAACUUGUCAAAGUGCCACUUCUAGGAACACUUCCAAUAGAUCCUCGUGUUGGAGCAUUAGGAGGAACUGGGAAAGCUUGUGUCAAAGAAUUAUCUGACUGCACAUCUUCAAUUGUUUUCAAAGACAUUGUCAAGCAUUUAACGAAAUCUUAACUUUCCUUGAAACCUCUGAAAUAAAAAAAAAGAAAAUCCAUUUUCAUUUUUCCGAUUCUAAAUCAAUUAU